AGAAGUGGAGACGCUGCAGAGCCUGCCAGCUGCAGGCCCAGCCAACCCUCCCUCUCUUCUAAUGCUGGGUUUUUCCAGCUGGAGCCUCACUCCCUCUACUGCAAUCUCUGGAAAUUCGUGUCUGACGCGGCUGCUCCUGCACAUUAUUUAUUUAUUUCCUCUUUGCCUCCCGCUGAGACCCUCCUGUCAGGAGAGCUGCAGCCUGGGAAGGGAGACAGGCGGGAAGCUGCGGGGACAGAGGAGGCAGUGAGGACGGAGGGCAGGACCACGCAGAAGCCCCCACUCUGCUCAACAAACUCAUCAAGCCCCGCAGGGGCCAUGAGCACCAAGCAGGAGGCCGGGAGAGAGGAGGGAGACACCAGUAGGAGGGGACAGGAGGGACAGCUUCGGGACCGAGCCCACCUGAGCCAGCAGCGCCGGCUCAAACAGGCCACCCAGUUCCUGCACAAGGACUCAGCCGACCUGCUCCCCCUGGACAGCCUCAAGAGACUCGGCACCUCCAAGGACUUGCAGCCGCACAGCGUGAUCCAAAGACGUCUGGUGGAGGGAAACCAGAGUCGGCUUCAGGUGGAGUCUCCCCUGGUGCAGGCCCCGACUCAUGGCCAGGAGAGCAGGAGGCAGAUGAGCAAGACAGAGAUUCCAGCUCUUCUGGUCAACUGCAAGUGCCAGGACCAGGAGCUGAGGGUGGCCGUGGACACAGGCACCCGCCACAAUCAGGUUUCCACCGGAUGCCUCAGCCGCCUGGGGUUAGGGAAGAGGGUCCUAAAAGCCCCAGGGGGAGCCCUGGCACCUGGGCCCCCAACCCAGGUGGAGCAGCUGGAGCUACAGCUGGGCCAGGAGACAGUGGUGUGCGAGGCCCAGGUGGUGGACGUUGAGAGUCCUGAAUUCUCUCUUGGACUGCAGACUCUGCUUUCUCUCAAGAGCUGUAUCGACCUGGAGCACGGAGUGCUGCGGCUGAAGGACCCCUUCCCAGAGCUGCCCUUCCUGCCCUGGUACCAAGAGCCUGGCCAGUGACUGGUCCCAGUCAGUCCCUGGGGGAAGAGCUGUGUGGGGUUUGGGGGCAUUACUAGAGCUGUAGCUGGGGACUACUGUCUGUUCCUUUUAUCACCACUCUGGCCCCGCUGUCCCGUUUCCCUCAGUAGGCCACAUUCCUCUCUGCUUCU